UUGAACGUCACAAUAGCUGUUGCUAAGGGACAGGCGCGCGCGCCCCGCGCCCCUGUUCAGUCGGCCGCCGCCUGCGACGGGAGCAACACGUGCGUGCAGUCAGAAAGGGUUUUUUCGUACACAAUGAAUAGCCAGGAGCUUGAGGAUGAGCGUAUACGUCUUGUUUUAAUGCAGUCUGACAGUGAAGACGACUUGUUAUCCGACGGUAGCGAAAAGGAAGAUCAUUUGAGUGCGCGCAGUCAAGAUAGUGAUACUGAGCAAAAUGCAAGCAGUGAUGGCGAGGAAAACGUACCACUAUCUGAAUUGCAACAUCAGAACCCACAUGGGACUAAAUGGUCUAAAAAUCCUCCUUACCAACAAGUCCGCACACGCUCUGAAAACAUCAUACGCCAAACACCUGGUGUAAGCCCAGCAGCGAGGUCGGCACAGUCUGAACUUGAAUGUUGGAGUGUGUUUUGUCCCGAUACUAUGCUCUCUGUAAUGCUGACUCACACAAACUCACAAAUUCGAGAAAGAAAUUCAGCUUCUGAAGCUAUCCCUCACUAUAGGAAAGAAAUGGAUAUGAGUGAAUUGAAGGCUUUCUUUGGACUAUUAUACAUUGCUGGAUUUUAUCGCUCUGGUAGACAAAACACUAUCGAUCUUUGGGCUCCAGACGGUACAGGAGUCGAAAUUUUCAGGUUGACAAUGCCGCGGCAGCGAUUUCAUUUCAUACAAAGCUGUCUGCGCUUUGAUGAUAAAUCUACACGGGAAGAAAGAAAACUGUUCGACAACUUGGCCCCUAUACGUCAAGCAUUUGACAUAUUUGUCGAGAACUGCAGGAAGGUAUAUAUACUGGAUGCAUACGUAACCAUCGAUGAGAUGCUGCUUGCGUUUAGAGGCAGAUGUCAAUUUCGUCAGUACAUUCCAUCAAAGCCUGCCAAAUACGGAAUAAAAAUAUUAGCCUUGGUUGACGCAAAAAGUUUCUAUAUUUUCAACCUCGAGAUUUAUGCAGGAAAGCAGCCAGAAGGGCCAUUUUUUGUGAGCAAUAAACCUUUUGACGUGGUGAAUCGUCUAGUAUUUCAAAUUUCGAAAACUGGCCGCAACGUCACUUUCGAUAAUUGGUUCACCAGCUACGAACUAAUAUCUCAUCUGCUGAAUGAGCACAAACUUACCUCUGUUGGUACGGUGCGCAAGAACAAGAGGCAACUUCCAACGUCAUUUAUCAAUACUCGCGGUGCAGCUAUAUUUUCAUCGAAAUUUGGCUUUCAAAAGGAUAUAACGCUCGUGUCUCAUAUUCCAAAAAAAAACAAGGUUGUCAUACUAAUGUCUAGUCUCCACCACAACGCUGAAAUUGAUGAAUCAACAGGAGAGAAAAAAAAACCUGAGAUAAAUACGUUUUAUAACACCACUAAAGGUGGAGUAGACGUAGCAGAUGAGUUGUCAGCAACAUACGAUGUUAGUCGCAACUCGAAAAAAUGGCCUCUCACUGUCUUCUAUGCAAUGCUCAAUAUGGCUGGCAUCAACGCGUAUAUUAUACACAGGUCUAACACGUAG